AUGCAGAUCAAAUACAAAACAACCAAAAAAACUGAAUUCCACUUGGUUGUCAUCCUAACAGUCGAACAAUUAAUAUCAAGAGGUUACAUUUCUAAUAUGGAAAGUCCAGGCACAAUCAACGAGAAUAAUUUACUUGUUGAAUCGGAAAAUCUCGGACCACAAAGUGAAAGUUUCAUAGGUGAAGGGAAGAACAACAAGCAUAAGAGAAGUCCCCAAACACCAUCAGCAAAGCAGAUGAAUAUAACAAGAAGAAGAUUCGACGAUCCUGAAUCGACAAUACCCAGAUCGCUUAAUUUUAAUGCUCAGAACGCUGAAUUAAUGCAUAGUAAGUACGAAAAUUGGAAGCUAGGCCAGAGUUUGAGGAAAACCGAAGAGACUCUUAAGUUUAUUGAAUUGGAACGUAAGUUGGAGAGGGAAUUUAAAAGGAAAGAAUAG